AUGCCAACAAAAUAUGACAAGUCCUCAAAGACGUGGGAGUACCAGAUCAUUUUAUCUGUCUCCAGAGGAACAGGUACGCUGAUCAAAAAGCAACAGUUAGAGUUGAAUAUGGAACAACUUAUUGGUUUAAGACUGGAAAAGGAGUACGACAAGCUGCAGCCAGCCACUCCGGUGAACACUCCCACAGAGAAUCUGAAGAAAGAGGUUGCCUGCUGUAGAUCUCCAGACCAUUUGAAAAUACGAGAUUACCUGAUCAGGAAAGGAAAUCAAAGUGGAAAAGGCCCAACAGGGGUCCAGAGCUCGGGCGUGGUCCCCGGCGCUAACCAGACGCCAGCCCGGCCCGCGGGGGCGGGCGCCUUGGAGUCUUGCCUCAUCCGCGAGCGGGCGGUAGCGCGUCUCUUCCGGGCUUGCUCCCGUAGCCCCGCCCACCCGUCACGUGAGCGCUGCGCGCCCCUGACGUGGAGCGCGGUCCCUUCUCGGACCUCGGCUCGGCGCUCGAGGUCCUGUUCGCCCGGUGGGGGCCGGCAGGCCGGCGUCGUCGCCGUCGCUGUCAUUGUCGUUGUCGCUGUCGGCGGCGGGGCCUGGCCUGAGCCACGGGCGGCGGCGGCGGCGGGGUCGGGCCUCGGAUGUGAAGGCGCCGCCGGGGCUGCGCUGCGGUGGGAGCUCGGCUCGGAGGGGAAGCGGCGGGCGGGCAGGAUGGCGGCGGCGGCGGCGGCGGCGGCGGCCGGAGGAGGCGGCGGCGGCGGCGGGGCCGGGGCGAGCGGCGGCCGAGCCUACUCGUUCAAGGUGGUGCUGCUGGGCGAGGGCUGCGUGGGGAAGACGUCGCUGGUGCUGCGCUACUGCGAGAACAAGUUCAACGACAAGCACAUCACCACCCUGCAGGCAUCUUUCCUAACAAAGAAGUUAAAUAUUGGUGGGAAAAGAGUAAAUCUUGCAAUAUGGGACACAGCAGGCCAAGAGAGGUUCCAUGCAUUGGGUCCAAUUUACUACAGAGAUUCAAAUGGAGCUAUUUUAGUUUAUGAUAUAACAGAUGAAGAUUCCUUUCAGAAGGUAAAAAACUGGGUCAAGGAAUUACGGAAAAUGUUGGGAAAUGAAAUCUGUUUAUGUAUAGUUGGUAAUAAGAUUGACUUGGAAAAAGAAAGGCAUGUUUCAGUUCAAGAAGCAGAAACGUAUGCAGAAUCAGUGGGAGCAAAGCACUAUCAUACUUCAGCAAAACAAAACAAAGGGAUUGAAGAACUUUUUCUUGACCUUUGUAAAAGAAUGAUUGAAACAGCUCAAGUGGACGAGAGAGCAAAAGGCAACGGUUCCAGUCAGCAGGGAGCGGCCAGGCGGGGCGUCCAGAUCAUUGACGAUGAGCCGCAAGGACAGAGCAGCGGAGGAUGCUGUUCUUCUGGAUAACUGUUCUCUUCAAGAAGAUUCUGAAAAACAAGAAAGCAGAACUGUGGAUCAUUGCCCCCAAUAUGAAGACUGCCAUAUUCCAAGUCACAUUCUUUUACCAAUGGAGUUAUAGAAUUAACAGUAUUUUAAACUUACAUUUAUAACACUGCAGAGACCUUAAGUGCUAAACUAGUGGAGUGUGUGACAAGAGAAUUGGCGUUUUCUACAGCGGUUAACAAAGCAAUUUACCAAUGGCCUUUUUACAUAUUUUUUUCCUUUAAUGAGGAAUAAUAUGCAUGUAGAAAAGACCUACUUAAAGGCUUCAUUUAUAUUCUUUUAAAUCAAAUCAUUAUUUAAUAACUUAUAUAUGUUGUUGUUGGAAUGGUAUACAUUUUUGCAGCCCUUUGUAUUUUGUGGUAGGUUGUGAAUUGUAUCACUUCUAAACAGCAAAUUGAUUUUUUUUUAUUAGCAGAUACCUGAAGUACUAUUUUUGCAGGGUUAGCAAAAGCCCAUAACUGUCAACUACUUUGAUAUAUUCUAUAUUCAUCCUGUAUGCUGAGCUGGUAAAAUCCAUUGUAAAUUACAUAUUAAAUAUUUUAUCUGCUUUUACAAGUGCAGGUGCAGAAACAUAUGUACAGUAGUCUUGUCAAUGACUGUAAAGUGAAUUAACAUUUGGUGAACAUGCAUAAGCUUUUGACUCUAUAGUCUCUAUAUAGGUCAUUUUCCCCCUUUGCCCUUAAGUCUUCACAUAGAAGAGCGUUUUUGAAAAUACUCACAUUUUACUUUACUUGAAUUGCUGCUGCUGUUUGUUGCCACAUAUUUUGCCUCUUUCAACCCUUUCUAAUAAACAGCAGCAUUUUGCUCUGUUGCUGAAAAGAAAGGAUGAUGGCCUCUGCUGAUUCUGCUGUAGAAUGAUUACCUAGAAGUGUUUGAGUGGAGCAUGUUGAGCUUGUCACUUUUGCUUUGGCUUCCCCUUAAGCUUUAUAUAAAACUUGUUUGUGGGCAUGGGACAAGAAUGUAACCCCCCUUCUCCUCCCAGUAACAGCCACUAACCUACCAAGACACACAAUCAUAAAUAGUUCAUCAUCUCCUGAGGCAGCACUUUGAGGUUGGUUUUUUUUUUUUUAAUGAGCAAGUUGUUCUAUGAGGAAUGUUUAUUCCUGUUCUAGUCUCCUGAGUUUGUGAAGGUAACUUCAUAUAAUGUGGCAUAAUUAACACUGGAAAGAAUUUAUUAUAAAAUUUAUAUUCUUGCACACUUUGUAAAUGAAUCCCACUUGAGUAGAUUUUCUUUUGAGGGGGGAAUAAAAUUAUUAAGACAUGUUUAUUUUAAUAGAUUCAAAAAAUACUGCACACAGAAGGAACACAAAUUGUGGAAAUUAACUGAUUGUUGUUGUGUUCUGAUAUUUUUUCCAUUUCUGUUAUGUUUGGAAAAAUGAGUAAAUGUGAUGUCUAAGAAAGUGGAAUGGUCCCUGGAUUUACUUCUCAUAAUAGUCAGUAAUGCAAUUAGAGAUGAGCAGAGGAUAGACAUUGAGGUUUGAGAUUUCUAUAAAAAGCAUAGUUAACUUCUCAAGUAGGUAAGACGAGGCUGAAUGUGUUUGGUAUUGUUAAGUCACAAUCUUGCCAGGGGCCACCUGAAAAGAGUGGAUUUGUUCAUUUCAAGGUCCACUGUCUUCUUCCCCAAUCCAUUUGGGAGGGGAGGUAAAUGAAAGUGCUUGAAUGCGUGAACCUGCCUUCUUAUGUGGGCAGAAGAGCACUUUGCCUCUUUAUUUCUUUAUCUUUUCUGUGCCAGGGACUUCUGUAGGGAAUUCUUUUUUUUAUUGCCUGCCUGUUCCAGACAAAUUUAAAAAACCUUUGGUGUUCGAAACUUACUUAGAAUAGACAUAUAAUAAGCACUUUCGUGGGGGUGAGAUGUCCCUCCCUUCCCCCCAGAACCCAUAAUUUAAAAGUUAGUGAAUUUGAGAGAAGACCGGUUUGACCGUUAUUCCAAAUGAAAUACUGUAAAGGAAAAGAAUUUUAGUAAUAACAUUUCUCUUUUUUUUAAUCGAGGCCUAUAAUUCACUUUGUGAUGAGUGGUUCCUAGUGCUGUCAUUGAAUUUUUGUGUUAUACAGGUAACAGUGCACUAUUGUCACUAAUAUCUGAGGUGAUUGACAAUAUUCUUCUUUUCCCCACAAAUAGAGUUCAUUUUUCUGUCUCCCGGUCUUUCUCCCUUUUCUCUUUUGCCUUACUUUGUAUCCCCAGUGCUUAGCACAGUGCCUGGUACAUUACAAGGCACUUAAUCAAAGCUAGUUGACGGACUGAUGCAUUUCAUUCUUCCCUGCCUGUGCUUUAAAACUGCCAAGGAUGUGCACAAAUGCUAUGUAAUACCCCUGUUGGUACUCAAAGAAUAAAAAGCAAAAAGGUCCUGUUUUCUGUCCUACGGAAAAGAUGGUAUGGAAAGAGAAGAAGGGACAAUAAAUUAAUGUACUAAUGUAAAAUUACAGGGGGAGUAAUUAAUUUAUGCUUAUACAUGUUUGGAGAUAUAUUUAUAUAUAUUUCCAUCCAUCUCUCUAAUUGACUAAUGUAGACCAUUUUGUCCAUAUAAUAUUUGUAGCCUAGAAGAAACUAGAAAAGAGCGCAUUUAUAAAUGGUGUAUAGGCAGGCAGGACUUACACUUUUUCAAUCAUUUAAGUGGCUAUAAAUUCUAUACAAGUUUUUCUCAAAUAUGUUAAGAGAAAGAGUCAUGAUAUUCUAAUCGUGUGUGGGGGAAAGAGUCUCCCUUUUCUUUGAAAACAAAUGGAAAAACUCUGCCUUCAACUUAACCAUAUGCUGCAAUAUUAUAUUGAAUGAUUUUUUUUAAGUACUACUACUUUUGUUGUGUGAAGUUUGUGUAUUAAAAUUUCUUAUUCCCUGUGGUCUUAAGAAAGCCAUUGUGGGAAUUUAAGUAGCAUUGUAAUCCAAGAUUAGCAUAGAUAACCGUACCUUGUUUUUAUCUGGCAAAGAGUUAAAAAAAACUUAAAAUAUUUAAGGGGAAUUUGAGGCAAGUAUAGAUAAAAUUAGAGAAGGGAAGAAGAAAAGGAGACUAGAAAUUGAAUAUAAUUUUGUCAUAGGAUUUUUUCUUUAUCACUAAUUUAUCAUAGCAUAAAACAUAUGAAGAAUGAAUCAUGUCAAGUUCUUAGAGUCUUAAAAAAAAGAAAUUGUUAUACCAUUUUUAUUUUCUUAAAACUUGUUUGAUGGUUCCUGCAUGCAUAAAAUUAACAGCAUCAACCUCUUAAAUGCUUCUUUCUCACUUCUAUUUUUUUACUUUUUGUAUAUGAAAAUCUUAGAAUAAAAAAAAUUGAACAAUAUCUUGAGCUCUUUGGAGGAAAAAAUAACAGUAAAGAAAUAAAUUUAAGAUAGAUUUUUAAGAUAUAAAGUAAAAGAAAGUAAUUUUUAACCACUCGAAAUCAUAAAGCAUCUUUUCUCAAGAGGAUGUGAAUGGCAAUGUCCUGGUAUGUGCCUAUUUAAUACCUGGAGGAAGCAUUAACUAGAUACUCAACAGACUGUUUCCUGAUUCUAUCCUAGCAUUUUGUUUACUUGAUUUUGCUAAUUUUGUUAAAAAGUAUAAACUGUGGUCCUUUGAGGAUAUGUAUUUGCCCAAUUUAGUAAGACAGGACAGCUUUGUUUUUUGCUGUUAAUUUGAAAAUCAGUGACCAAGAAUGUAUAUUUUGAACUCAAAACUAUGCUACUUUUAUGAUUAACUUUCAGACUUGGGUUCCUUGAUUCAAGGAGAAAAAUAGACCUUGUGGGUUGUCCAUUGGCUAUCACCAAAUAGAUUUUGGUUAAAAUUUCCAAAAUUGGGUAGCAUUUUAUUUAAUGAAAAUGUCUUCAUUCUUGACAUAGAAUCAUGACAUCCUGUUGGAAAACCUUUAAUGACUUGCCUUCUAAAUAAAUUUGAAAGCCCUCUGCAAUCUUGGUUCCUACCUUUUUCCAGUGUUUUCUCACAUAAGCUGAGCUACUUCCUUUUUUAAAAAGUAACUUUAAAAUACGAACUUAAACAUGAACAUUUUGGUGUACAAAGAACAGAAGAGGUGAUUGUAUAUGAAAGUGAACUUCUGUUAUGUAAUUUUUAAAUAUAUAUUAAAUAUAACACAAUAGUAGCAACUGCUCUGAUUGUGUCCCCUUCUGAACUUCUGUUCUCGAGUGUAUUUUAAAAAUGUUUCAUUGAUACUUUGUCUCUUCAUUACUUAUGCCGCCUGCCAAAAAAGCGCCCUACUUUGUAACUAAAAGACUCAAAACAAAUCAACCUGCCCUUCUCAAACUUGUCCAUUUUAUCUUCCGUGAUCAUUUUUUCUUUAGUUAAGAACUCUUCCCUCAUCGAUAGUUGUAAAAAGCAUCUCCUCUUUCAUUUACAUUUAGAUCAUAUCCAUUUGUAACUUUUUGUUAAUGGUGUGAAAAUAUGUUCUAAACCUAACGCUACUUGCUUUCCUUUGUGCUUUGCUGUAACUCUUCAAUCAUAUUCCCUUCUACUGCAAUCCUAUCGUUAAAGGCCAAGUUCAGGUGCUAUUUCCAUUAAGCCUUUGACCCUGGUAACCUGACCCCUUAGACCUCUCAGGUUGCAAGUGAUUUUUGCUUCUGGAACUUUCUCACAGCGCUUCUGUGCACAUACAUAUUCAAGUUUGCAUGUUGUUAGCCUAUUAAAAAAAAAAGUGUUAGCACUUCAUUGAACUUCACAUAAGGAAUUCAGGGUAUUGAAUGGAAAAUAACUCACUUUUAAGUCAUUUAAUGUUAUUGGAUGAAAAAUGUUUAUUUUGAAUUUAUUAUUUUAACCAUUUUGAGUGUCUGGUAUGUAUAGGGUACUGUAGAAGGUACAAAAAUAAACAUUCCCUCUAGA